GAGGCGGCUUUGACCAUGGCUCAGGACCACUCUGUCUUGGGACUUCAGCUUCUCUUCUCCUUCUUUCCGCUCCUCCAGCUCCUUCUCUCCAAAAUGACCGAGUUCUCAGCGGACCAGAUUGAGGAUUUCAAGGAGGCUUUUGGCCUCUUUGACAGAGUCGGUGACAGCCAGGUGGCCUUCAACCAGGUGGCUGAUAUCAUGCGCGCUCUGGGCCAGAACCCCACCAACAAGGAUGUUAACAAGAUCCUGGGCAACCCCACCGCAGAAGACAUGGCCAACAAGAGGCUCAACUUCGACGCUUUCCUUCCCAUGCUGAAGCAGGUCGACGCCCUCCCCAAGGGUACCUAUGACGACUACGUUGAGGGUCUGCGCGUCUUCGACAAGGAGGGCAACGGCACAGUCAUGGGCGCUGAGCUGCGCAUCGUGCUGUCCACCCUGGGAGAGAAGAUGAAUGAGACAGAGAUUGAUGCUCUUAUGGCCGGCCAGGAGGACGAGAACGGCAGUGUGCACUAUGAGGCUUUCGUCAAGCACAUCAUGUCUGUGUAAGAGGCCAGCAGUUGGAGUGCUGAGGAAACUGUAGCUCCCCUACAGACAGCCCAUCAGUGUUCAGGACAUCUUCACUGUAUCAAAGACCAACCAAGGAAAGACAAGGACUAUGUACAAGGGAUGUUGAAGCAAACCCAUCUUGUUGUUUAUUUUGUUUUUCUUUCCAUUUCGUCACCAACCCUCCUCUCUCGGGACAUCACCACCACCUCUCCGCUGAAGACCUCCCAUCACUUGGCCUCUACUCCAACCGGGGCGUGUCUCCACUCGCCACAUGGGGUGAGGAACGGGGGAGAAGGGAUGACCGCUCAUCAAGUGAGGGUAGAUCCCUACCUUCCCACCGCCACCUCAUUCAGUCAUGCCAUCACUGGCCCAGCAAUGCCAAAGGUGCUGGAAAAUGGUUGUGGAUAGACCGCCAAAAGUCUUCCCAGAAAAGUUUUAUUUAUUAUCACUCUGUUCAUUUCAGAAUAAACUUUUCCAACGUACAUCCCA